AUGUCUUGGAAUCGUCUUAUCCGGUUUGUCGACGACAACGGCGCGGAACAUUUCGGAGAACCACAAGUACAAGACGAAUCAGAUUUCACAACGCUGCUUGAUAAAGGUGAUCUAUGGGCAGUCAUCUACGAUGGCAUGAGUCCUGUCUCACCCUUGGUCAAGGGUGAGCGCGUGCAUGUGAAGGAACUUAAGGCUCUUUUGACACCAGAGGAUGUCCCGAUCAUUCGUUGUAUCGGUCUCAACUAUGUCAAGCACAUCCAAGAGGGCGGCCGGACGCCACCUCCUUACCCCUCUCUCUUCGUUAAGCCUGCAACAUCGGUUGCUGCAUGGAAUGAAGACGUGCCGAUCCCGAAGGUCGCUCAAGACGGAACAGUCGAUUAUGAGGGUGAACUGGCCUUUGUGGUCGGCAAAACAGGCAAAAACAUACCCAAAGAGCAAGCCCUGGAGUACGUAGCGGGCUACCUCGCCGCCAACGACGUGUCGGCAAGGGCCUGGCAAAGGGACCCGGCAAAGGCCGGCGGAGCUCCCCAGUGGUGCUUCAGCAAGGGUUUCGACAAGUUCGCCCCCUUCAGCCCGGUGCUGGUGUCCCCGGCUGUGGUCGGAAACGCCAGCGACCUCGUGCUGCAGACCUUCGUGAACGGCGAGGAGAGGCAGCACGAGACCACCGGCGACUUGCUCUUCGGGGUGGAAGAGAUCAUCAGCUUCCUGAGCCAGGGCACGACCUUGGAGGCCGGCACUGUUGUCCUGACCGGCACGCCGUCGGGAGUUGGCAUGGGCAUGAAGCCGCCAAAGUACCUCGGCGACGGUGACGUGGUGGAGGUUAAGAUCAGCAAGCUCGGUGGUGUAAAGAACAAGAUGGUGUUUGAAUAG